CUGCAGUGAGCCCAGCCUGCUCUCCACAGAGAUGCUCUCCUACCAGGAUGACGAAAAUCGGCAACUGAUGCUCCCAGAGGAGGACAAGAGGGACAUCCGGCAAUCUCCAAAGAGGGGUUUCCUCCGCUCUGCCUCACUAGGUCAAAGAGCCUACUUCCACCUGGAAUGUCUGAAGCGACAGAAGGACCGAGGGGGAGACAUCUCUCAGAAGACAGUCCUGCCCUUGCAUCUGGUUCAUCAUCAGGUAGCUCACACUUUUGGACAGGCCACUGUCACCUGCCAGCAGGCCAGACAGUCCCCAGGGUGAUGGACAAAUCCUGAAGACAUCAGUGGGUCUUCCCUGUCUCGACGGCUGGCACGUCCAGGAGUCCAGGAGAAACAGGCCUUUCCAUGCCCAAGUUGGUACCUUUUUGGGUGAGAACACUCUGAAAAUGAAGACUCGGGAAGUUAUUUUGAGCCACACAAGAUUAGAGAUAGCCAUGUCCAAGCAUAUUUGUGUCUGUCCACAAUUGCAGCCUUUUAUUCAUUUAUUUCCAUAAUAAAAGUCGUGAGCUACAUGAAGGGUCCAAGGAGACAAUUCUCCAUAGAGCCUAUUUCUACCAAGGAAUUACUCAUAGCAAGAGUGCUAUGUACAGAAGUCAUCCAAAGGGUCGUGUAAA